UAAUGUGGUCCACACAGUUUCUGCCAGAAUACAACCUUGUGGUUUGUUGAUUUUUUAGUGGAAUUUAAGUCGGCUUUUUAGAAAUUUCAACGUAGGCGUUUUCUAAGCUGUUCUUAACAAUUUACCGAUUAAAAAGUUGAGAUUUAAUCACAAAUAUGAGUGUUGAAACCAAGAGUGGGAGUAGUAAUCUCGUUUCGACGGUGAUAUCCCUUAUACUGAGUCUGGUUAUAUUCGGAACUAUGCGUUUUUACUCCAGUUGGAUCACAGCUACACAAAUGAAUACAAUUGUUGGAGGUUUCGUGGGAUCGUGGUUGUUUGUCUUUGCCCUAACCGCAGUAUCGAAUAUGGAAAUGCUUGUAUUUGGUAAUGAUUUUCAAGCAAAAUUUAUACCAGAAAUUGUUACUUGUCUAACUCUGGCGACUGUGGCAUCCGGUGUGGUGCAUCGUGUUUGUGCUACGACAUGUUUGGUAUUCUGUAUCUGCGCUUUGUAUUUCGUAAAUCGCAUUUCAAAUAAAUAUCAUAACAAAGGAUCUAUUGCUAUGGAGCAAUUGCCCAGUCGGCGAGGAGGAGGCAAGAAAAACAAAUAAAUAUUUAGCGACAAAUCAGAGAAAAAUUUGAAAUGAUUUAUAAAUGUAUUAAGUUAAGCAUAAACCAUAUAAUUGUAUCAAUCAUCGAAUGAUUUUCUUCGUGUAUCCAGUAUGAAUUGGCUUAAUGGUCCGUUUGGUUUUCAGUUCUGUAUGUAUUUAAGUAAACAUAUAAUAAACAUGAUAUACCGAAAUUAUAAAUGAAAAA